AUGGCGCAGACAGAGAAGACGUUCGAGGCAGUGAGGGACAGGGUGAUUGCCGAACAGUUCCUUAGUUGCUGUCACCCUAAGCUGGCCAUUUUUCUAAAAGAACGUAACGUGAACGCAGCGCAAGAAAUGGCAGAGCUAGCUGACCAGUACCCGGAAGCCCAGGGAAAAUGCAGUCUGGGUGCUAUGAAAGAUGGGGGUUGUACAACAGUGAGACCAGACGGCGAGAACAGUAAGGGUACUGGACAAACGGGAGGAACCCGAAGACCAUCGCCUAGAUGCUUUCUGUGCACUAAGGUUGGGCAUAAGGCAACUGACUGCAGAAGCGGAUAUAGACAAAAUCAGGCAGGAGUACGAUGCUGGGAGUGCGGCAAAAUGGGACACAAAGCUGGGCAGUGCGCCAAUCACUCACAGAACAAAGCAGCGAGUGUCCUGGAUAAAAGACAGAAGGCAUUAAAGAGGGGCAACAAAGAACAGCAGGGAGCGAUAACAAAUACAAGAUUUGAACAGGUUACUGAUGCUGACUUAGUACACAAUAUCGACAUAAUGAUGCCGGUGGUCGAAGAGAGGUUACAUGAUAUUAAGAUAUCAGUGCUGAGGGAUAGUGGAACCAACACAGUACUAGUAAGAAAAAGGCUGGUACGAAGUGAGGAGUUCACAGGGACGUCCACUGGGGUUAUCCUGGUUGACGGCACCAUGAGGGAUUUGCCUGAAGCGAUAAUCAACAUAGAUACACCUUAUUACACGGGGGAAGUACGUGCCAAAUGCGUAGAAGAACCGCUGUAUGACCUCAUACUGGGUAACAUCCCAGGGGCUAGAAAAGUGGACUGCCCGGAUUCAGGGUGGGGCACAAGUACGAAGAAAAUGCGUCACCAGGGAGAUGAAGUGUUUGGCGAAACGCCGUCUAAUUCAUUGAACGGCGUUACAUCACACGCUGAGAACGACCGACUACUGCAAGAAAUCGGGGAAAAGGAGGCGUUGAAUGCAGAGCAGAUUCAUCACGAGGUGUCAUUUGCAGCAGGAGCAAAAAGAACGGACAAAAGUGAAGAGAAACAAUUGCCCCAGCCCAAGGCGCCGGUUAUAGAGCUGCUAGAAGUCACAGCUCUUCAAUUAACGGGGCAGCAAAAGUCGGAUGAGACUCUGCAGAGCUGUUUUAGAAGUCUGAAUAAACGAGUGCGGAAAUGGAGAUGUGACGUAACAGCGGAAUACGUCGUGAAGGAUGAUUUGUUGUUCCGCCGAGUCGAAUUCAGCGACGGGAACGUGAGACACCAACUCAUUGUACCAACGGUAUUUAGAAAGACUGUAAUGGAAUUGGCUCACGAUGGAAUAAUUUCGGGCCAUCAGGGGGUAAAGAGCACGGUCGCUAGGGUAGCGGAAGAAUUCUUUUGGCCUGGUAUGCAAGGCGACGUGAAACGUUACAUACGGUCUUGUGAUGUGUGCCAACGCACUAUACCAAAAGGCACCGUGAAAAAAGCCCCAAUGAUUAGUAUGCCCAUAAUUGAAGAACCCUUCCAUCGGGUAGCGAUAGAUAUCAUUGGACCAAUAACCCCGAAGCCCAGCAAGGGAAACCGAUAUAUCUUGACAAUGGCUGAUGUAGCCACGAUGUACCCGGACGCUGUGGCAUUGAAAACCAUUGAUACCCCGCAGGUGGUAGAAGCCCUAGUCGAGAUGUUCUCCCGGUACGGAGUACCUAAGGAGAUUCUGAGUGAUCGAGUUGUUAACUACGCCUAUCACCCAAUGUGUAAUGGGCUCGUAGAGAGAUUUAUUGGUACCAUCAAGCAAAUGAUGAAGCGAAUGAGCCAAGAACGACCCACGGACUGGGAUAGGUAUAUCCCGGCACUCCUCUUUGCCUAUAGAGGAGUACCACAAGCGUCGCUAGGAUUCGCACCAUUUGAGAUGUUGUACGGGCGAAAUGUGAGAGGUCCUUUGACCAUCCUUAAGGAGCUGUGGUCCAAUAAAAGCUUAAACCAGGAGUUAAAAACAUCAUACGGAUACGUGAUCGAACUCAAGGACAAACUGAAGAAAAUAUGUGAAGUGGCGCAUGAGAUCAUGGCAGAGGCGCAAACAAAACAGAAAAGGUUCUACGACCGGAAGAGCCAGGCUCGAAGGUUCGAGCCAGGCGACAGAGUGCUCAUACUGCUACCCAGUGACCACAACAAACUAACCAUGCAGUGGAAGGGACCGUACGAAGUUGCGAGGCGAAAAGGCGAUUUAAACUACGAACUGCUGGUUGGCGACAAAAGAAAAACGUUUCACAUAAACAUGUUACAAAAAUAUGUAGGUCGCGAAACUAAGAAUGAAAGUUGUGGGGUGAUGGUGGUCCAGGAUGAGGUUGAAGACUUAGGGGAGAUCACGACGCCCAGUCUAAAAAGGCAACAGGGUGCGCAGGAUGUGGUCAUCAAUCCUAAAUUAAGCCAAAAGCAAAAGGAAGAUCUUGCUGACGCGAUCGGGGAGUUUGAAGAUAUAUUCUUUGACGUACCGGGCAGAACAAAUGCAUUGCAAUGCAAACUUCGAUUGAUGACAGAAGAGCCGGUGUUUGUAAGGUAG